UCAUUCAUUCAUUCUUUAUUCAUCUUAUUACUCUCUUCUUCAAUCUUCGUUCAUUCAACUCUCCUCCUUUAUGACGUCACACUUCAGAUCCAAAUCCUGUGGCGGUCUUCCCCACCCCAAAGCCUCUUUUUUCCGGUACUCCUUCUCUUCAUCAAAACCUGACAAUGAUCAUAACAAUGACGAUGAUGAUGACGAUGAUGAUGUUUGCUUCUGUUGUCAAGAUUAUAAUAGUCCAAUAACCACUCCGUUUAUCACUCCUCGUCAACCUCAGUCGCAUCACAAUUUCACUAUUGUGUCUGUUUUGUUAACCGCCUUACGCAAGUCGCUUCUCACCUGCACUGUUAAUGAUGCCGACGAUGAUGUUGUAUCCUCGUUGGAUAUCGGUGGCCCUACGGAUGUUCGCCAUGUGUCUCAUGUUACGUUUGAUCGGUUUAAUGGUUUCCUUGGUUUGCCUCAGUUUCUUCAGUCCGAUGUCCCGCGUAAAGUCCCCAGUGCAAGCGUGUGCGUGUUUGGAGUAUCUGUGGAGUCUAUGCAAUGUUCUUAUGAUGAGAGAGGGAACAGCGUGCCAACCAUACUUCUAACAAUGCAAAAGCGUUUAUAUUCGGGAGGCGGUCUUCAAGCGGAAGGAAUAUUCCGGAUAAAUGGCGAAAACGGUCAAGAAGAGUAUAUUAGGAAGCAACUCAACAAAGGGUUUGUACCCCAUGGAGUUGAUGUUCAUUGUUUAGCUGGUUUAAUUAAGGCAUGGUUUAGAGAACUUCCUACCGGCGUACUUGAUUCUUUGACCCCAGAUCAAGUCAUGCAUUGCAAUACAGAAGACGAGUGCACUCAGCUUGUUAAAUCGCUACCUCCAACUGAGGCUGCACUUCUCGAUUGGGCCAUAAAUUUAAUGGCGGAUGUUGUUAAAUUUGAUCGUAUAAACAAGAUGAACGCACGGAAUAUCGCUAUGGUUUUUGCUCCCAAUAUGACUCAGAUGGCGGAUCCUUUGACGGCAUUGAUUCACGCAGUUCAAAUCAUGAACUUGCUAAAAACGCUUGUAAUAAAAACUCUUCGUGAAAGAGAAGAAUCAUCGCCCAAUUUUAAGCCAAUAAUUUCAUGUGAAGAUUAUCCUUCUCCCAACAAUAGAUCAGAGUAUCGUAGUCCUUUACAGAGCGCGACUUUGAACAGACUAGGAACCGAAAACGAAGAACGGUUCUGGAGUUUUUCAAGAAAGAGCGGGUCUAUAGUGGAAUAUGAUUACAUGUCGGGCAAGAACUCGCCUGUUUCAAGUAAAGACGAUUCGUUAGAGAGUGUUGAACGGGCAAAACAAGAACAACAUGAGCAGCAUAGAGAGGUGGUAAAUAUAGAGGGGAUGUUAGAAAAGUUAAGUUUGAGAAAAGGUGUAAGGAGGUUACGCAGACACCCGGUGUUUCAGUUGAGUAAGCCUGCCAAGAAGACUGGAACCGUGAUUGUCGAUGCUAGGGGCAGUGGCGAAGCGUGGUCUUGAUAUGAAUAUUUAUUGUAAAAAUCCUAGUGGUUGGUCAAGACUUAAGACACAACCUCAUUAACCAUGUUUAAUAACUCUCAUUAAAGUUUAGGGAUAUCUAAUAAAAGUUAACAUCUACUUGUAACU